AUUAAUCAGUAAACACAGAGCACCUCCAUGGCAUCACCAUGUCUCCUCCAUCAAAAGGCUCGAAUUUGCACCUCAGCAUGAACUCCUCAGCUUUGAAGUAGUCGUUUGAAUCUCCAUCACAUAUAUACGACUAAUCGACUCUAUUUCCUCUUAAGCGUUCCUGCCUCCAACAUGAACUCUUCAUUACUAUAUGCGAAUUCUUCUUCCCUCACUACAAAUUUCUCAAGAAGAUCUUAUGCGAUGGAUUUCUCUGGUCUAAAGAAGCAAUACCCAGUUCGGAUUUCAAAUAUGUUUCUUAAUAUUUCGUUUUCAGCUGAGAAUCUGGCGGUGAACUCUCGAUUCAGGACCUCUCGUUCGAUUGUAAAUUGCUUGACUGGGGAGGUCAAGCCAUCUGAAUCUGAAUCUAUGAAUCGAGGGUCGGAAGGGGAGGUUGCAAAUGGGUUUUUUCUCGAAAGUGAAGGAGAAAGUAGAUUGAAUGUCGUGAUGGGAAAGCCUUCUCUUCCGGCGUUUGUUCCAGUGGCGAAGCUGAGCUUGGCUGAUCAAGCGUUCUUCCUCUUGGCCUUCAUUGCUUGCACUACUUCUAUAGCGUUUACAAGCCUCGUGAUUGCAGCUGUUCCUACUUUAUAUGCAAUGGGGAGAGCCGCAACAUCUCUUUCAAAAUUGGCAGAUACAGCCCGUGAGGAGCUUCCCAGUACAAUGGCUGCAAUUAGGCUUUCAGGAAUGGAAAUUAGUGAUCUUACUCUAGAACUGAGUGAUCUGAGCCAAGAGAUAGCUGAGGGGGUUAGCAAAUCUGCUCAAGCUGUGCAAGCAGCAGAAGCUGGAAUUCGACAGAUAGGUUCACUUGCCCGGCAACAGACGAUCUCUAUGAUACAGGAGAGGGCUAGUUUGCCAAUAAUUUCUUUGCAACCAGUCGUUGCAGGAGCUGCAAAGAAGACAUCACGUGCUGUUGGCCAGGCCACAAAGACGUUCAUGAAUAUGAUCUCUCGGGGUGAAUUUAACCCAGGGAAUGAAGAUAGUGGGACUGAUAGAUUGGAUUUGUAACCCAUUGUUAUGCUAAUGUUGGGAUACUGUUGAUGGAUAAAAAGGUAAAUAUUGUAGAGAUGUUAAUCAU